AUGCCGCUUCUCAGCCUACCAAAUGAACUGCUCGAAAUUAUAUCAGAAAAUCUUCAGUUUGAAUGUGACCUCAAUGCACUUGCAAAGGCUAAUCGAGCACUAUACAAUCUACUGAACCCAUGUCUCUACCGCUUCAAUGUGCUGCAGAAAGGAAGCUCCGCUGUAUCCUGGGCUGCAGAACGUGGCCGGCCGGAAACACUACAAAAACUCAUCCAGGAAGGGGCGAAUCUAAAUAUAAGGGUCGACAACCAUGCCCUCGCCCAGCCACUCCUUACGGCAGCCAUGGAGGGACACAUAGAGGUAGUCAAAGUACUGCUCGAUCACGGUAUACCUCCGGAUCAAAUACACGACCCCGCGGAUAAUGAGGAUGAAACCGGCUAUGACCAAACCCGCCUAACAGCAUUGGGAUGGGCAGCGGCCAGGGGGCAUAAAGACGUAUUCGAAUUGUUGCUCGCAAGGGGGGCAAGCCCAACAUGGACAGAACCAUACCAAAAGGAGUCCAUUCUAAUGUUGGCAGUAGAAGGGGGGAAUCCAGACAUUGUCAGGCGCCUACUUGAGGUGGGUUGUGAAGUAGAUGCUCGAGAUAGUGAUGGAGUGACGGCGUUAGCACGUGCAGCACGCUAUGGAUAUUUGGAAGCUGCUCAAGCGUUGAUUAACCAUGGAGCUGAUCCCGAGUCUCGAGAUCAACGGGGUAAAACGCCGAUCUUUUGCGCGGCGGAAGAAGGCCAUCAGGGAAUGAUCGAGUUCUUGCUUGGGAAGGUAGUUGAUCCCAAUCCCAGAAACGACGAUGGUCAAAGCCCAUUAUCUGCAGCCGCAGCGCAGGAUCGACCAGCAUGUGUUGCGCUGCUACUGGAGCAUAUUGAUAUAGAAAAUGAGAUCGCAGCAGGUAGUCAGGAAGCAUACACUGUACUCACGGCAGCAGCAGCAUUUGGCCACGAGUCGGUGGUAAAGCAGUUGCUUGAAAAAGGUGUCCACCCCGAUUCUAGAGGUACUACGUGGAGUGAAUGGUUUGUUGGAGGACGCACUGCCCUAUCAUGGGCAGCAGAGAAGGGUUAUUAUGAGAUUGUUCACAUCUUGCUAAAACAUGGAGCUGUCGACCUUUGCCCCGAAGACGAUGACGACUUACCUCCGCACAUACUGGCAGCAGGCAAUAAUCACAAAGAAAUAGUCGCGCUGCUGCUUGAUAGGGGAGUUAACGUCGAUCACACUUCAAGUGGGCACACAGCACUGUCUAAAGCGGCCGACGACAAUGCAGACAGUGUUGUUCAGCUACUGCUUGAGAGAGGAGCGGAUCCAAAUCUUCAGAUGUACGACGGACUUACACCUCUAGCCUUGGCAGUAUUGCGUGGUAAUGUAUCAUCAGUCAAGCUGCUGCUCGAUGCGGGUGCAGACCCUGACACCGAGAUCAACUGGAGGAAACAUGGAGAAGUCGAAACCUGGACACCUCUAAAAUUUGCUGCAAUAUCUUCUGGUAACGAAACUGGCGCGAUUGUCAGGUUGUUAUUUGAGUACAGUGCAAAAUGGGGAGACAUUGACAACAUUUCCAGCCAUGAAGCGCUGUUUGCUGCUGCAAAAAAUGCGAAGGCCGGAGUUGUCAGGGCCUUCUUGGAACAAGGCUUUUGUUCUGGAGCCAGGAAGGAUGCACAUAAUCGCCACCGUUUAUUGUCAUGUGCGCUGGAAUCCAGUGGCUCCAGAGAAAUAAUAUGCUUACUCCUGGAAGAAUAUGGUUUCGAUGUACAUUUUCAAGAUGACGAGGGUCGAACGGCAUUAUUUUGCGCAGCCAUGGUGGGUUGCGAAUAUGAAGUCAGGAUGCUUCUUUCAAAAGGUGCAGAUCCCCUUCAUGAGGAUAAGGAGGGUCACAAUGCACUAUUCUACGCCAUUCGUUCAGCCAACAAAAAAGCAACUCAACUUCUCGUUGAAUACGUUGAUGUGAAGGAUCUCAGGAAGGAUUAUCUUGACGACCCCCAAGUCAGGACAAUGCUCCAAGAGCAUCCAGAUAUUCAGAAGAUACUAGAGUCUCAUUACUGGCGGAAGGUUUACCCUGUGCCUUGA